AUGUCUGAUAGGAAAAAACGCGACGAAGACAAUGAGUCUAUUACAGGAAGCUUUUGGCUUCCUAUAAACAAAUCUCAAUGGUGGGCCCUUAUCAAGAAGGCUAAGUUGAAAGAUAAGACUAUACAGAACUUCCUUCCACUACGAUCUGGUAGUAAGAUCGGUAAGAGGCAGUUCCUUCUGUUGCGGAUACUUUAUGCACGUUGCCGUUUACCAAGUGAAUUCAACAUAGAAAAAGAACAGUAUGGGCUGGAUGGAUCGUGGACUGAAGCCGAGAUAAGAGUUAAUGCCUCCACCGAGUUUACGAAUUACCUCAAUCUCGUUGGCACCGCGAACCAGGCCGAAAGUCUAUCUGAAGAAGAUGAAGGCUGGCCCGGGGCAUUUUUUCCUACCUUACAGUUUCAACAGAAAUGCCUACAGCCCAAGGCGAAUGCCGUACCUCUCACGCCCCCAACUACCCGCCUGUCGAAACGUAAACGGAUCGCUGAGUUAUUUGGCACCCAUGCAGGCCACAAUCAAGAACACCGUGCACAGCCCUCAGCACCGGACAUCGCAUACGAAGUGGAUGAUGAGAAUAUUGUCAACACUGGACUCAUACUAUUUCUGGAAGCGAUCACAAGUUUGAUUAAGCCGCGGAAGGUGGAAUGGACCAUGAAGCACGUUGCACUGAAAGCAAUCUUCCAGUCAGCCUGCUACGAGGCACAGCUCGAUGGAGCAUUAUGGACAAGUCUCGGUAGAAUCCUUCGGGCCCUCCUGGAGGAGGCCGCAGAGAUUGUGGGGUGGUUAAAGCAUUCUGCAGGGGGGAUGGAAAAGCUUUUGAAUGGACAUCGACUUCUCAUAUCACAAGAUGCAAACCAGAUAUUCCUAUCUUUUGCCCGGGCCGACGUGGAAUACUAUGACUACCUUGAGAAUGGGAACGUUGCCGGCGAACCCUUCUUAAGUAUACAAAAAUGGGGCCCAUGGCUGGUUAAUCACAAGGACCACAUGAAGCAACUGGCUACCAUUUUGGCAGCUAUCAUUCUUUCGCUGGAUGAGUAG